AGGCAACUUCCCCACGGCAAGAUGUUUUAUUAAAAUGCAUUAUAUCCAUAUAUUAUAAUACAAAUAGUUGAUUGGUUAGAACGCUGCUCCGAUAUCCUUUGUCACGUGAUUUCUGAGCUAAUGCAGCGAGACAGCUGCUCCUAUUCCCUUUUGUCACGUACUGCUCGCUUCUCUUCUGUCACCGCGAGCCUCCUCUUCGGUCUCUGUAAACUGUAAUCUUGCUUUUCACAAACUUAAAAAAUUAAAAAAGAAAAACAACAAAACCUAUUCUAGUCCUCUAGCUCUGUAAACCAUGACAAUUAUGGACUUGCCAUCUAUCCCCACUUGCUUCCUGAACUGAACCCAGAGGAUACUGACUCCCUCAGAUUGCUUCCUGCGAAGUAUAUACUCCUCUUCGCAUUAUUUUUUCUUUUUACCCCUCCGUCUUCUGCAAUGCUCGAACAAGAUCAUUUCUCCUUUCCACUUCAAGUUCAAAACUUGCUGUUAUUUCUGUCUUCGUUUCUGUUAUUUUCACUUUGCUCCUUUGUUGCUCCUUCUAGGCCUCUCUUGCCUCAUCCUCCACCUGCACUUCCUCCGAUUUUUCCUCCUGAUUCUGCCGCCUUACUGUCAUUCAAAUCCAAAGCUGAUCUCAACGAUCGCCUCCUUUUCUCCCCUAACACCUCCAGAGAUGCUUUCUGCAAAUGGCAGGGCGUUCAAUGCAAUGCAAAACAGAAAGUGGAGCGUCUCGUUCUUCAGGGUUUAGAUCUCGGUGGUAUUUUCGCUCCCAACACAUUGUCUCGUCUUGACCAGCUCCGGGUGCUCAGUUUGCAGAACAACUCUCUCGUUGGACCCAUCCCUGAUCUCUCCGGUCUCCACAACCUCAAGAGCCUCUUCCUCGAUAACAACCACUUCACGGGUUCUUUUCCUCCCUCAAUCCUCACCCUCCAUAGGCUCCGCACGUUGGACUUCUCUCACAACAAUCUCUCAGGCCCCAUCCCUACCUACUUAACCAAGCUAGACCGUUUCUACUACCUCCGUCUCGGCUGGAAUAGAUUCAAUGGCUCCAUCCCUCCUUUCAAUCAGUCUUCUCUCCGAACAUUCGACGUCUCUGGUAACAACUUUUUCGGACCUAUUCCUGUUACGCCCACUUUAGUGCGUUUGGGACCCACCCCCUUCUCUCAAAACCCAGGCCUCUGCGGCGAAAUCAUCCGCAAAGAAUGCCAUCCAAGCGCACCUUUCUUUGCACCAGCGGCACCACUCGUGACAGCGCCGCCGCCGGCGGUGCAGCUUGGUCAGAGUGCCCAAGUCCACGGCGUUGACGGGUUGAUUCGUCCACCGUACAAGAAAAGGCACAACAGAAAUGCAGUUAUUAUUGGGUUCUCCGCAGGGGUUUGCGUUCUGAUCGCUUCGCUUGUCUGUUUCGUGGUGGCCUUGAGGAAACAGGGAGAUAAGAAGGAGUCUUCGAGGACUCUUAUGGAUUCUGAUGGGGCGGCGGCGGCAGAAGCUGCGGCGGCGAUGCAAAUGGAGCAGGAGAAGGAGCUGGAGGAGAAGGUGAAGAAGGUGCAGGGGAUGCAAGUGGGGAAGAGUGGGAGCUUAAUGUUCUGUGCGGGGGAGGCGCAGCUCUAUACGCUGGAUCAGCUUAUGAGAGCCUCUGCGGAGCUUUUGGGGAGGGGAUCGUUGGGGACUACAUACAAAGCGGUUUUAGAUAACCGUUUGAUUGUCACUGUGAAGCGCCUCGAUGCUACUAAAAUGGCUGCGGACUCAACCAAGGAAAUCUUUGAUAGUCAUAUGGAAUCAGUAGGCGGGCUUCGCCACCCCAAUUUGGUCCCCCUUAGGGCCUAUUUUCAUGCCCGGGAAGAGAGGCUUCUUAUCUAUGAUUACGAGCCUAAUGGCAGUCUUUUCUCCCUCGUACACGGUUCAAGAUCAAGCAGGGCAAGGCCAUUGCACUGGACGUCGUGUUUGAAGAUAGCAGAGGACGUCGCACAAGGGCUGUCCUACAUCCACCAAGCCUGGAGACUAGUACAUGGCAAUCUAAAGUCCUCCAACGUUUUGCUGGGCCCUGAUUUUGAAGCGUGCAUAACUGAUUACUGUCUCUCCAUGUUGGCCAACCCUUCCAGCUUCCAUGAAGAUCCCGAUUCCGCUGCGUAUAGAGCGCCCGAGACCCGCAAUCCGAAUCACCAGCCAAACCCGAAAUCUGACGUUUACGCUUAUGGUGUGUUGUUGCUGGAACUUUUGACGGGGAAGCCUCCUUCGGAACACCCUCUCUUGGUGCCCAGUGAUAGGGUGAGUUGGGUGAAAUCCGUGCGGGAAGAUAAGGGAGGAGAAGACAACAGAAUGGACAUGCUUGUUGAGGUUGCUACUACUUGUAGCUUGACCUCUCCUGAGCAGAGGCCCACUAUGUGGCAGGUCUUGAAGAUGCUGCACGAAAUUAAAGAGAUUGUAUUAUUGGAGGAUAGUGCGUUGGACCUACGCGCCACCACGUCUUAACGUCUUCUUGUGUCAUCUUUUUAUCCGCUUUUGCUUAGUUGCAUGAUAUAUAAUAUUGGAUAGAGAAAGAGAUCUGUAUAAGCAGGCCGAUGGUUAGAUUCAAAGGGAAUAGACAUAAAUGUCCUGAGUCAUGCGAUGCUCUAUUCUGUCAAUUCCACUCGCUAGGCUUCUGACUCACGCUUGAGCAUUUUUGUUCGUUUGCCAGGGCUACGAGAAAUAUGAUCUGGAUUUGGAUAUAGAAAAAUACAGGGUAGAAGUAUAUUAUUAUUCAUUAAUCAU